UUAUGUUUGUGCUACAAAGAGUGACAGAAAUGUUGGUGAAAAUAGUAGUCCUAGGCGGUCUCAGAGGCUUCAGAGUCAUCAGAAAGAAAAUGAUGUGGUGCCAAAUUCUAUAACAAAGUCAGCUCUAGGUCCUAAUGCAACAACAACUGCAUCUACAAGUGCUAACAUGGAGCAUGAUUUUAAUACAUCAUUCACGGAUGAUGAUCUCUACUUUGCAAUGGAGGAGAUUGAAAGCAAUUUACAAAUUGGGGAUACAGGGAAAAAUGCCAAAGUAUCUUCAAAAUCAAAACUAGCUGCAGGCAGCUCAAAUCAGAAUUCUAAAACUAAUAAUACUACAACCAACAAAAAUGCAAAUUCAGUCAAUGAUCAGAAUAAUGUUGAGAUAAAAAUGAAAUCAAUCCCUGGACAAAGAAAAAAUGAAAUAUUGAUAAAUUCAAAUGCAAUGAAUAAAAAUGUUUGUGAAAAUAAACCAAUAACACAAAGAAUUGCUGACAAUGAAAUGAAAAUAUCCAAAAUUGAAGAAAUCUCAGCUAUAAAAGUAAAGCCUGGGUACCAAGAAGAAAAGAAAAUGAAACAUGAUAAAUUAUUUAUGAAUGAAAUACAAAAAUCAAGCAAAUCAGAAGUUUUAAA